AUGUUGAAAGAAUCUAGGGCCUUGUUUGUUGAUGAUGAUGAAGAGGAUGAGGCAAACGGUGAGAUCAAUACAUCAACCAUCUCCUCAAAUUUUUCAUUGCGGAGACAAUUAGCAAAACAAAAAGCCAAACUCAAUGAACAUAAUAAUGAUCAACAUAAUAAUGAUAAAGAACCUCAAGAUUCUUCAAUUCUUACUUCUUCCGAUGAGAAAGUAGUCAAUACUUUGAAUGAAGAUACUCCAAUUAAUAAUAAUAAUGAAGAAGAAGCGAUUGAAGAAGAAGAUGACAGUGGAUGGAUUAAGGAUUUUUCGAAAAAUCGGCAAAGCUAUUACAAUAAGAUUAUCAGUGAAUUUGAUUUGCUGCAAGAAAAGUUGAGAGAUAAGACCCAACCUUUUACAUUUCAAAAAGUAACUCACAACAAGCUUUGCCAAACUGAAACUGAUUGGGAUAAAGUUCUAUCUCAAGACACUAAAAAUUAUAUAAAUAUUUUAAGGAAUGAAAUUGAAACACUUGUUGAAAAGCAUAUUACGAACGAAUCUCAAAUGAAAAAGAAAUACGAGUCACAUUUAGAUCAAUUACGAAAAUUCAAUAUGGAGCAAUUCAAGCAUUUACAAGAAAAGUGUGAGGAGCUUACAAACAGAGAAUUCGUUUCUGUAGAGGUGAGAAUCAAGAACGAGCUCGACAAGCAAGAUUACAAAUACAGAGCAGAGAUUCACAAUUUUAAAACAGAGUUAGCAAAUUUUGUAGAGGCUUUUUUAAAAAGAGAGUUCAAAAAUUACAUGGACAACUUGUAUUAUUCGUAUGGAAAAUAUUUUGAUAUAAGCAAAAGACUCUCGACCUAUUCCACACAUGAUGUUUAUAGAGAGGAGUACAUGAACCUCGUGAAAACCCUAAAAAUCUGUCAACCUUUUGAUUUCCACUCCAAAGUGAAAGCUCUGAAAGAAGCUAUUCUCACCAAAUCUCAAUUUGAUCCAGUGACAUGCGAUAGGGCAACCCAAGCAGAUGAGUCCAGUAUUUUUAUCGAUCAAGCCAUACUAAUGAAACAACUCAGCUCUCACUAUCGAGAGCAAGGUUGUAUGGCAAAGCCUCAGGUAUGGGAUGUUGGAUGUCAAACAAAAGCGAUUUCGGGUCCCAUUCCCGUUGACAACAAUCCACUAUCUGUUGCAGAAACAGCACCAACAAACAACACAGAGUCGACAAACAAACUCGAAGCUGCAAAACCGGUACUUCGGCCGUCUCCAUCACGAAGCUCAUUGAACGUACAAAAUGCAAACAAUAAUGCCAGUGUUUCACCGAAACCUGGUCUAUCCCGAGAAAAAUCUUCCUCGUACCUCAGAAAAAAGUUUGUUGAGGCAGCACGGUCCUCUGUGAAAAAUCUCAAGAAGGGUUUGUCAACAAGGAAUCUGAAUCAGGCGUCGAACACUCCCAAAGAAAAGAUUGAAAUUAAGGAAGCACAUUUCACUGCUGACAAAAAUAGUAGUACCAUUGAAACUUCUUUGGACAGCAGCAAUGUGAUUGUUUCAACUGCUUUUCCCACUCAAAGCCAAGAAUCAGACUCAAAGGUUGUAAUUAUUCAGAGUCGUGACCCAUCCCCUCCCGUAAUUCAAGAGAAAUCAAACGAAACACAAUCCAAUAUCGAUACAAUCGUCGAGGGGACAGCGAGCAGUAGUGAGCAAGAAAAAACUCCACUUGAAGAACAACAGGAAAGAGCAACAACAACAACAACACCUACUGUUACUCAGGAAACACCUCAAGAAACACCUCAAGAAACACAUCAAGAGGAGUUAACUCUAAAUUCCAUUGACAUGAUGGAGCAAUUUCAGCCAAAACAACAACCAUCAUCAUCGACCACAUCCUCUCGUCAAUCGGAAAGAACCAAAACUGAAACACCACCGCCUCCCUUAAACAAUGCUAACUCUAACUCACAAAAAUUUCAAUCCAAUGAUCAACAUGCAUCUUCACAACAGCCUCAGAAGCAUUCAACACCUUCCACCUCUCGCUCUCAAGCAAGCAAGUCCUCGGCCAACCGUAGGUUAUUGGAAAAACCACCUUCCAAUGCUUCCUCUAAUAGAAGCUCGCAUCCAAUGAUACCUGGACCUCCAUCUGAACAAAGCCAUGACUCAGGAAAUAGCAAUAAGAAAUCAUCGUUUUUACCAAAGAUUGAUCGAAAUGGCUCUUCGAAGGAUGAAAAACGACCUCAGAACACAAACUCGCAUGCCAGCGAAGAAUUACCAUCAGCCAGAACUAUCACAUCGUCGAAACAAUCUCACUCUGUGCACAGCUCAAAACCCACAUCUCCCAUUGUUGUCAACAACACAACGCCUGGUGUCAAAUUACCACGACUCGAAUUACCUAAGAACAAAUUUGAAACAAAAUAUGAUACUGAGGUGGUUAAAGAAGAGAAUGUCUCUGAUACUCAACGAACCGAUUCUUCAUAUGCACAGCUUUCGACAGAGAGGUCACUCAAUAAGAGUAGCGUAACAAAAAAGAAAGUUCGGCUGAACGCAAAUGAAAAUUCUAACACACCCAAAACAGAUCUCCUUCCCAAGCCCAAGAAAAAGAUUCCAAAAAUUGAUGAUUAUUCCCUAAAUCCAAAGAAUGCGCAAGACUUGUCAACAGAAGACAUGGAAAUUUUGAAAAAGAUGAAAUCGAGAGUUGGCUUUUCUAUUGAUGAUCAUUUAUUACCUGUGUAUACAGACAUUUUCCGAAAAGCUUCACUAAUGCUUGCUCCACACCACGUCUCAAAAUUUGAAUUGAAACAGAACGAGCAUUAUAUCGUUAAGCAUCAUCUUUUUCCUGAAAGUCUUGACUCUCUCAACAAGUUACUCGAGGCUCCCAAAACGCCACAUCUUUCUUAUUUAAGUCCAAAGAAAAAGGACUCAUUUGAGACUGAAUAUGAAAAAUUAGCUCGUUUCGUGAACUAUCUAAAAGAAUCAUUUGUUAAGAAGGAGGAAUUGCUUAAAACUCAACUGGUGAACGUGGAAGAUAAAAUAUCAACUCUACUCAAGAAUCAUGACGAGGAGCGCUUGCAUAGAGAACGUUUAAUACAAGACCAAUCUCAAUCCAUUGUGAAACUCUCAAACGAAAACAUUGCGCUGAUGCAGAAAAUUGAACAUCUUAAUAAGCACAUCCAAGACAUUACGAAAGGAAAUUGGAGAUAUGACGUCGAUAAGAAAGAACUCGUGUAUGUGAAAUACGAAGACCUUGUGUCACAACAACAGCAACCACCACACUAUUUAUUUGAUCACUCAAAACAUGCCUUAUCACGAAGCAGUAACAUCAACUCCAGCAACACUCUUCGAAAUGCACCUGCCUUACAACCCACUCAACCCACACAGACCUUUCAUAACUUUCAACAACCAUCCGCUCAUUCACUCUAUCCCUUCUCCACAUCUCUAACAAGACAACCUUCACUCGUUUCCUCUCCAAGAAAUUUAGCUCCUACUAACCAUGGCAUGAAUUAUUUGUAA